AUGAACCUGAGGAACCUGGUGUUUGGCGACUACUUCAAUCAAUCGUUACAAAAGAUUGAUCUUGGAUCGCUCACUCAUCUCUCACUUGGAAGAUUCUACGAACGAACAUUGGCAGACAUACCUCCGAGUGUAACAUCAUUGACAUUGCACAGAAUCCGAGACCAUCAAGCUAUCCCAGGUCAUAUCAUACAUCUACAGUUGACCGGAGAAUACUCCAUCAACCCUGAUCCAGACGAGCAACCACAGGCAAUCACACUACCUCGUGUGGACAAUGUAUUGGAAUCAAUCACUUUAUUCAUCAAGGUGAGGUUGCAUGAUUGUCCAAAGCUACCAGUGAUCAAGUUGUUGUUGUCAUCAUGUCCAAACACAAAGAACAUUCACGCCGAGUUGGGUACACCAUUCAUUUAUCAGUUUGAGACUCUACACAUCAGGAGGACAACACAACAGCAAGCAUGGUGUAAAGUACAACAUAUAUACUGUGGACAAAGAGAGAAUGUAUUGCUGCACUACUAUGACAUCAAUGAUUAUCAAAAAGGAAAGUAUAACAUUAAGAAGAAGAAGAAGACUGGUGGUAAUAUGAGGAUAGGAUACACAGAUGUUGAUUCUCGAGUUGGUGAUGGUGGUCAAUGGUCUCACAAGAUGAUGGACUUUAUCUUUAGAAAGUCGGACAAGUAA